AGGUAUAGGAAACGGUGAGCUAUGAGAAUGACAGGCCCUGUGCGAGCUGUGGGUGUGUUGCUCCUGGUGGGGCUCACCUGGCUGCUCGCAAACUCCUUUUUUGGAGCGGAAGGUGUUUCAUCUCUGCGACAUCUCUUUGGUGGCACAAAAGCAGAACCAACACAAUUUGAACUACGUCCCCAAAAGUUUAAAUGUGGACUUUCUGCCCCAUGUCCUGCAAAGCAUUUGGCGUUCCGUAUAGUGUCUGGUGCUGCUAACGUCAUCGGUCCCAAAAUCUGCUUGGAAGACAAGAUAUUGGUGAGCAGUGUGAAGAACAAUGUCGGCAGGGGACUUAACAUAGCUUUGGUAAACGGCGUGACAGGUGACCUUUUGGAAACAAAAACUUUUGACAUGUGGGCAGGAGAUGUUUCUGACUUGUUGAAGUUUCUACGGCCACUUCACGAGGGAACUCUAGUGUUUGUUGCUUCCUUCGAUGAUGGUGCUACAAAAAUGAAUGAUGAGUCUCGGCAUCUGUUUGAGGAGCUCGGGAGCACAGCGGUGAAGGAGUUAGCCUUUAGAGACAGCUGGGUGUUUGUUGGAGCUAAGGGCAUUGAGAAUAAGAGUCCCUUUGAGCAGCGUAUGAAGAACAGUAAAAACAGCAACAAGUAUGAAGGCUGGCCCGAGUCUCUGGAGAUGGACGGCUGCAUUCCCCUGCGGCCGCCUCUUGAAGGGUAAUUCUGCCUCAGAACGACUCGCACUACGUCACAGCAACACUUGGAAGAAUCAACAGGGGAAACACAGGAUGGUUGUUAGAAAGCCAGGAGCUUCUAAACUGCUGAAACUGUAAAAGCUGCAGGAGCCACAAACAAUUUGUUGUCUCUGUCGUGGUUGAGAAAUGAACUGAAUCCAAGGAACUGACUUGUAGACGAUCUUGAACUAAACAUCCUGAGCUGCUUUGGAGCAAAAGGAAUCUUUAAGAAACAAAUAUUAUCAAGAGGAGGACGUCUUGCAGGUUCAAAUGUUUGAUGACCAAAGUGUAACUCUGACAAGUGAAUGAAUACUGCUGAAGUACAUCUUCCAUAUUCGUUACAUAAAAACAUUAUUUUUUCUCUUUUGGUUGCAUGUUUGUGUUUAUUCAGAGUUUGAUCAACUGGAAUACACUGAACGCUUGUACUACAGACUGAUUAAUGAAAUAAUUUA